ACCCACUCACCUGCUGAAGCGAAAGGCAAACAAUGCCUUAAAAAGCAAAAACAUCCUCGUAAUGGUAAUAAUGAUACUGAUUAUGAUGAUGGCAAUGACGAUGAUGAUGUUGAUAAAUGAUACUGAUGAUGAUGCUGAUGCUGAUGCUGAUGAUGAUAACUAUGUUGAUGAUGAUAAUGAUGAUGAUGAUGAUGAUGACGCACCAAAGAUGAUGCACAAUGAUAAUGAUGAUGAUGAUAGUGUCAGUAAUGCUUUUGCUGCUACUGCUGCUGCUGCUGAUGAUGAUGAUGAUGAUGAAGAUGAUGAUGAUGAUGAUGACGCACCAAUGAAGAGCGCUGCUGCUGCUGCUGCUGCUGAUGUCAAUAACACUGCUGCUGUUGUCAAUAACGCUGCUGAUAUCAAUACCGCUGCUGCUGUUGUCAAUAACGCUGCUGAUGUCAAUAACACUGAUGAAGAUGAUGAUGAUGAUGAUGAUGACGCACCAAUGAAGAUGUCAAUAACGCUGCUGCUGUUGCUGAUGAUGAUGGUGAUGAUGAUGACGCAAGUUUGCCGUACCCACUCCGCUGGAACCAAUAAAGCACGCAGCCUCCAUACUGAUGAUGAUGAUGACAAGGAUCUUAACAUGACCAUCCUAGAUGAAUUCUCUGAUUCCUUGGGACGGUGGUCUUGGGCGUCAGUGUGCAUUGAGGAUAUUGAAUGGACAUUUGCAUCAAUUUAUGCUCCGGUAGACAGACGGGAGAAAAUUCAAUUUUUUGGCACCCUCCCGAAGGUGAGCGUUUUAGACAGCAAGAAGACAUCCAGCAAUCUGGUGGAAAGAGCGGUCAUCUCCAAGAUCGGCAAAGUGGCAGCGGUCAAGGAUAUGGUACCCCGGAGCUAUGAGGAGUUUGGAACCCAAAGCUUAUGGCAAGAUCAGAUCGGUGGCUACAAGGUUGGAAAUCAUCCCUUGGUCAAUUCAAAGAGGGAAAGGACGGUGAGUCAGCAUGAUGAUGUGGAGCAUGUGGCAGGUUUCUCUGGCUUAAGCUGUGCUGCUGUUAUGACCUCAACUGUUGCAAGACCACAGGGUGAUAGUGAUCUCACGGUGGCAGUCCAGGCAACCGCAAACUUUCAGGUUCAAGAAGCAGAUACUUGCAGGAGAGCGGAUGGUAUGGAUGAGCCCAGUGGUGUUGCCCACCAGGCAACAGCACGUGAACGAGUAACGGAAGCCAACCUCUUUUCUGAGGGGAACGAUCAUCAGUGUUGUGAUGCGGAUGAUGAUAGUGCACUCAGCAGUGUUGAAGAUGACACCGAUGACGACAACAGGGUUGACCGUGAUGAUAAUCAUCGUGGUUGUGGCGUGUAUGGAGUUGGUGAUGAGGAUGGAGAUGGUGGUGGUGGUGGUGACGAGGAUGGUAUUCGUGAAGGUAAUGGCUAUGGUGUCGACGAGGACGCUAUUCAUGAUGAAGAUGGUGGGUAUGUUGGCUUCGAGGAUGGUAUUCAUGAAGAUGGUGGUGCCUGUGGUGGUGACGAGGGAACCCUCGGUUCCGCAGAUCCCAAAGAUUUCAACGCACUCAAAGAAUCCGUGGACGGUGGAGAGGCUGUGAUGGAAAAGUCAAAAUCUGCCUUCAAGUAUGCGGCAUUAUUGGGGGAAACAGUACGAGCGCCUUGUAGCAAAACCGGCACCCAAAAAGCCAGCCUGCUUAGCGAAGAACAAGGAAAAAGAGCAGAGCAAUCUGAGAUAGUAAAGACCGUGGAUGGAGAACAGGAAAAGGCGCAAAGGCUUCGAGAGAUCAAGGACGGACAUGUGUGCGGCAGUCGACUGUUAGCUGACAAAUGUGCAGUCGGGAGAUCGGAACAGGGACAUCCGAAGGCAGAAACCCGCGCAGACAACUGGACCAGGAACAGCCAAACUUAUCCGAAGGAACGGAACAUAGACCGCCAGGCAGGUGCAAGGGUGUACCAGGAAAGGACAAACGGUCAAAAUGAGCAGCGAUAUGGUAAAAGUGAGAAGCAACACAUGGAGGCAGAUUGUGGUGUGUCUAAGAAGGGCUGCCCACUUACUGAAAACAGGUUGAACCGAACAACCACAGAGCUUCAGUUGAAAUGGAGUCAACCUUGUGCUGUGAGCAAGGAAGACGGGCCCAAGCAUAUCUCAUCCCGGUAUACAGAGUUGAUGCCUGACAUGUCUGCAGGCCAGCGUGAACGAGGAGACUCUGGGAGAAAAGCCACCACGGAGGAGGCAAUACACACUCUCCAUCCAGCAACCAUUACUCCCAUGCCUAUUCUACCCUUACGAGGACAAUCCGAGAGAGAAGCCACCACAGAGGAGGAGAUACACACUCUCCAUCGAGCAACCACUGCCGAUAUACCUGUUCUGCCCAAACGACGAGAGUCUGAGAGAAAAACCACCACAGAGGAGGCGACACAUACUCUCCGUCAGCCGACCACUGCUGACACACCUGUUCUACCCAGACGAGGAGAGUCUGGGAGAAAAGCCACCACAGAAGAGGAGACACACACUCGCCGUCUGGUGACCGCUACUCGCAUACCUGUUCUACCUACCGAGCCGCAGCCAAAGUCCCAGCGCCUGUCCACCCAGUGUCCAGAUCCUCCACUAUUGUCCCGUCUUUCACUGAUGACCCUGGUCGCAAACAUCAAUGACAACUGGGAACAAGCAACAGCAGUCGGCCCAAGAAAGAGAGUUUCUAGGAAUGCUACAGAAAUAUACCUGUCAUCCAGACGAAGGGUGUAUCAAGAGAUCGUCAAGCUGGAAGAGGAAGGUCUGCAGCUUGUCGAGCGGACAAUGGGAGGGCCUGUCGAUUUGAUCCUGACGUGUUCAUCUUGCCUCGUUGUUUACACUGCUGAAAGGCUCCAUCUGGACUCCACCAUGUUCCUGCAGACCCUGGACCAACCCGCUGGUUCUCCUUCCCAUCCCCCACCUGCAGGUGGUCCAAGCGCUUCGACUGCCGCAAGAGCAAAAGUAUCAUCCUGUUGCAAGAAUAUUAUUGACCAUCACAUUGCACCUGUAAGCUCGGCCUUUGAGAAAUGUGCGAUGGCAGAGUUAAGCAAAGUCCAACAGGCAUACCAAAUUGGGUAAGGUGCUGAAGGUGCAUCCAGAAAAGGUUAUAUAUUAGGUGCCAAAUAUACAUAUGAAAGUCCGCGUUGGCUUAUCCACACCU